GCUCCUAGGAUUGUCCAACAACCGCAAAGUAUUAAUAUAACGGAAGAUAAAAAUGGUUUUUUGGAAUGCAAUGCAACUGCUUCACCUGAACCCAUCAUUAUUUGGCUAAAAAAUGGAAGAGAUCUUGAAGCUGACAUAAACGGAACGCACUUAAAAGAUUUUCAUCUCUAUGGCAGAUAUAAUUUUCUUCAUGCAGAUGCAAAUGAUGAAGGAGAAUAUCAGUGCAAGUAUACUAAUGAUGUGGGCAAUGCAAUCAGUAAAAUUGCAAACGUUUUCGUUUUUCGUAAGUAA